CUGUGUGUGUGUGUGUGUGCGCGCGCGCGCGCCUCUCUGAUGCAUUUGACUGUCUUUUAUCCAACUGCCCAGAAGCAAAUGUUGUUAACUCGUCGGUGCCCCCUCGAUGCCCAGGUUCUCAAAGAGCAGGGAGGACGCCCAGACCCCUUUUCCCGGCUGGAUUCGGAACCGCUGCCUUGCUGUGGACCCAUGUGUGUGGAUCGCUUUACGCAGAGACUUGGAAAGCGCCAGUAUUAACUUGCUUCCAGGUACAUCACAAGGUCACCAGAGGGUCUUGUAGCUGUCUUGUUUCCGCGCAUCUAGACCUUCCUGUCUUGGCUAGAAGGAUAUUUAUGUUUCGGUCCACAUCAUCUGGAGCCAAAAGUUCAGCCCUUCGAGCUGGUUUCUGUACAAACAAGGUAACAAGGAUUGCUUUUCAAACUGCUUAACAAAAUCCCCGACUCUUCCUCAGCCCUUUCCCGGCUCUCUCCUCCCCACCAAAAUGUCACCAGCUCUUGAAUUACGUGGAUUUGGGUUGGAGGAGAACUUGAAGGAAACGUGAUAAAAGGCGAUGUCAAACCACUCUCUUUUCUGCCUGUGGUCCGGUGGGCAUCAAAGCCGAUCGUGAGAAGGACCAGUCCCCUCCUUGUUUCUCCCUCCCCGUGCUGUGCUGGAUGUGCGUGUGCAAGAGUGAAUGCGAGUGCGCGCGCGCCUGUGUGCGAGUGUAUGAGUGUGUGUGUGUUUGAGUGUGUCUGUGUGUGCGUGCGCGGCCGCCCUGCCUCUGCCCGCUCCCCGGGCGCAGAAACGCGGGUUUCAUGGGGCGAUCACCGCGGAUCCCCCACCCAGCGCGACCUGCAGGCAGCGGCGGCAGUGGCAGGAGCCGCCCUUCGGACUCCCUAGGAUGCGGGUGCUGAGCUAUGGCAAAGGGCAGCAAAGUGACGAGCGAGACCCGCGUACGACUGUGAAAGCCACCUGGAGCCACCUUGCCGGGAUUGUACCUGCGGGCAGAAAGUCCUCCUACGACCGUCUUUUCCCCUAGAGGCACCAGAGUCCCUGUAACCAUUCAGCCAGGUGUUGGGAAGAUAUGUAGUAGCUGAGCACCCUUCUGACACUAUCCUCAGAAUCAGCUUUGGAGAUGCUUUCACCCUGUCCGUCUUCUUCAGCAGCCAGGCAGAGUGCUGACUCCUUCACAGCAGUGAGGAACUCUUCUGGCUCCAGAAGCUCUUAAAUCUGAUCUACAAUGGAAAAAUUUCUUUUUUAUCUGUUUUUCAUUGGCAUAGCAGUGAGAGCUCAGAUCUGUCCAAAGCGUUGUGUCUGUCAGAUUUUGUCUCCUAAUCUCGCAACCCUUUGUGCCAAGAAAGGGCUUUUAUUCGUUCCACCAAACAUUGACAGAAGAACUGUGGAACUGCGGUUGGCAGACAAUUUUGUUACAAAUAUUAAAAGGAAAGAUUUUGCCAAUAUGACCAGCUUGGUGGACCUGACUCUAUCCAGGAAUACAAUAAGUUUUAUUACACCUCAUGCUUUUGCUGACUUACGAAAUUUGAGGGCAUUGCAUUUGAAUAGCAACAGAUUGACUAAAAUUACAAAUGAUAUGUUCAGUGGGCUUUCCAAUCUCCAUCAUUUGAUACUGAACAACAAUCAGCUGACUUUAAUUUCUUCUACAGCAUUUGAUGAUGUCUUUGCCCUUGAGGAGCUGGACCUGUCCUACAAUAAUUUAGAAACAAUUCCUUGGGAUGCUGUUGAGAAGAUGGUUAGCUUGCACACCCUUAGUUUGGAUCACAAUAUGAUUGAUAACAUUCCUAAGGGGACUUUCUCCCACUUGCACAAGAUGACUCGGCUAGAUGUAACAUCAAACAAAUUGCAGAAGCUACCACCUGACCCUCUCUUUCAGCGAGCUCAGGUAUUAGCAACCUCAGGAAUAAUCAGCCCAUCAACUUUUGCAUUAAGUUUUGGUGGAAACCCUUUGCAUUGCAAUUGUGAAUUGUUGUGGUUGAGGCGUCUGUCCAGAGAAGAUGACCUAGAGACUUGUGCUUCUCCAGCACUUUUAACUGGCCGCUAUUUUUGGUCAAUUCCUGAGGAAGAGUUUUUAUGUGAGCCUCCUCUCAUUACUCGUCAUACACAUGAGAUGAGAGUCCUGGAAGGUCAGAGGGCAACCCUGAGGUGCAAAGCCAGGGGGGACCCUGAACCUGCAAUUCACUGGAUUUCUCCUGAAGGGAAGCUGAUUUCAAAUGCAACAAGAUCUCUGGUGUAUGAUAAUGGAACACUUGAUAUUCUUAUAACAACUGUAAAGGACACAGGUGCUUUUACCUGCAUCGCUUCCAAUCCUGCUGGGGAAGCAACACAAACUGUGGAUCUUCAUAUAAUUAAGCUCCCUCACUUACUAAACAGUACAAACCAUAUCCAUGAGCCUGAUCCUGGUUCUUCAGAUAUUUCAACUUCUACUAAGUCAGGUUCUAAUGCAAGCAGUAGUAAUGGUGAUACUAAAAUGAGUCAAGAUAAAAUUGUAGUAGCAGAAGCGACAUCAUCUACUGCGCUACUUAAAUUUAAUUUUCAAAGGAAUAUUCCUGGAAUACGUAUGUUCCAAAUCCAGUACAAUGGUACUUAUGAUGACACCCUUGUUUACAGAAUGAUACCUCCUACGAGCAAAACUUUUCUUGUCAAUAACCUGGCUGCUGGAACUAUGUAUGACUUGUGUGUCUUGGCAAUAUAUGACGACGGCAUCACUUCCCUCACCGCCACAAGAGUUGUGGGUUGCAUCCAGUUUACGACGGAACAGGAUUAUGUGCGAUGCCAUUUCAUGCAGUCCCAGUUUUUGGGAGGCACCAUGAUUAUUAUUAUUGGUGGAAUAAUUGUAGCGUCUGUGCUGGUUUUUAUCAUCAUCCUCAUGAUCCGGUAUAAGGUUUGUAACAAUAACGAGCAACACAAGGUCACCAAGGUCAGCAAUGUCUACUCUCAAACUAAUGGGGCUCAGAUACAAGGCUGCAGUGUCACACUGCCCCAGUCCGUGUCCAAACAAGCUGUGGGACAUGAAGAGAAUGCCCAGUGUUGUAAAGUUGCCAAUGACAACGUGAUACAGUCUUCAGAAACUUGUUCAAGUCAGGACUCCUCUACCACUACCUCUGCUUUGCCUCCUACCUGGACUCCAAGCACUUCUGUGUCCCAAAAGCAGAAAAGAAAGACUGGCACAAAGCCAAGUGCCGAACCACAGAAUGAAGCUGUCACAAAUGUUGAAUCCCAAAACACUAACAGGAACAACUCAACUGCAUUGCAGUUAGCUAGUCGACCUCCUGAUUCUAUCACAGAGGGGCCCACAUCUAAAAGAGCACAUUCAAAGCCAAAUGCUUUGCUGACUAAUGUUGACCAGAUUGUCCAGGAAACACAGGUGAGAUUUUGUUACCUGUCUCAUAGUUCAGCAUUAAGUGGGCAUACUCUUUUAUAA